AUGUUUUUUGGAAAUUUAUUGGAAUUUGCCUUUGUACCAACACAUAAGUAUUUGGACAUUUUGAUGCGAUUUAUUGGAGUCUAUGGUAAAUUAUUCAAGGUUUAUGACGGUCCAUUUAGUGUGGCCUUGAUUGCCACAGAUGAAAAAUUCGUGGAACACAUAUUAAGUUCGAUGGAAUACAUUGAUAAAGCUGACCAAUAUGAUUAUCUAAAAGGAUGGUUAGGCGAGGGACUUUUAGUGAGUACAGAGGCUGCCAUGGGGAUUAAAUUAAAUGCGCAAACGGAUUCUACGUCUCCAUAUGUCAGAAGUACAAAAUCGAUGUGCUACAUAAUGAUGAAACGAAUUUUAUCUCCUUUAGAUCCUUCCUUGUAUCCUUUCACUUUAAACUAUUAUCUUGAAAAGAGAGCCUUAAAGGUACUUCACGCACACACUGACAACGUUAUUGACAAAAAAAUAUCCGAAAAAACGCAAACAAAAGAUAGUGCAGUUGAUAAUAACACAAACAUUGGUAUAAAGAAAAAGCUGGCGUUUUUGGAUCUACUCUUAAAUUGUACAGUGGAUGGAAAACCUUUAUCAAGGACUGACAUUAGGGAGGAAGUAGAUACUUUCAUGUUUGAGGGUCACGAUACAACAUCGUCUGCCAUUAGUUUUGCAAUUUUUUCUUUGGCCAACAAUCCCGAAGUUCAGGUAAAAUAA